AUGUCACGACCAGAGCACCAAGCACCCCCAGAAAUCGUCUAUGGAGGCGACGAGGCAGCCAAGUACACCGGAAACUCUCGCAUUGCCGCUAUUCAGGCAGAGAUGGCCGGACGUGCUGUAGAGUUGCUCCACUUGCCCGAGGGAUACCCAGGAUUCAUUCUCGAUGUCGGCUGUGGAUCAGGACUCAGUGGUGAAGUCUUGGAGGAGGAGGGCCACGUCUGGGUCGGAUUUGACAUUGCCCCCGCCAUGUUGGAGGUCGCGUUGGAGCAAGAGGCCUCCGGCGAUCUGUUCCUUCAGGAUGCAGGACAAGGAAUGGCUUUCCGCCCCGGUACAUUCGACGGCUGUAUCUCGAUUUCGGUCCUUCAGUGGCUCUGCAACGCCGACAAGACCUCGCAUCAUCCCAAAGCCCGCUUGAUGCGCUUCUUCUCGACCCUUUAUUCUUCACUCCGACGUGGUGCUCGCGCCAUCUUCCAGUUUUAUCCCGAGAACGAUGACCAGGUCCAGUUGAUCAUGGGAUGUGCUGUCCGCUGUGGUUUUGAGGGUGGUCUUGUGGUCGAUUACCCCAACUCGAAGAAGGCCAAGAAGUUCUAUCUCUGUCUUUUUGCAGGCCAGGAAGUCAAUGGCGUCAAGCAGCAGCUUCCUGCUGGUUUGGGAGAGGACGAGGAAGGCGAGCCAGGCGAGAACGGCGUCCAGUAUACCUCCAAGAAGAGAAACGAUUCUCGCAUUCGCUCCGGCAAGCGCAAGCCUGGCAAGGACAAGAACUGGGUUCUCAAGAAGAAGGAGCAGUUGCGCGCCAAGGGUGACAAGACAGCCAACGACUCUAAAUUCACAGCUCGCAAGCGUCGCCCCAAGUUCUAG